AUGAAGACUCUUUUGUUGGUGGUAGGCGUUUUCCUAGUGAUUUGUGAAGGGUAUAUUCCCGAAUAUCGAAAAUCGAAGAGUAAACGCAACCGUUAUGUGGAAGAAGACUCUUAUGAGGAAGACUAUGGAGAUUUAAGUUUAGAGGAAACGGAAGAAGAACAAGCACCACGAAUUGAACGCAAGAUGAGAGCUAGUGUCAGCGAACCAUCUUAUGGAUACUCAAAAUCAUAUAGGAGAAGGGACGAACGUGAUUAUGUAGGGAAGAUGCGGAAGCCAAACUAUUCGGAUAAGAAAAGCCGAUCCAAGUAUCAGGUUUAUGAAAAGAGUCCUCAUAGAACGUUGAAAAAGGAUAUUGUGGCGAGGCAGCAUAGCACUGCAGCAGUAGUACGAGGUCGUAAGAAGGAUCAUCGAUCUGCUCCUGUAUACGAAUCAAUGCGUCCUUAUCCUUCACCUCCAGCACUAUACUCUUCUCCACCACCAGCGGCCCCAUAUCAUAAGCAUGCCCCUGUCAAAACGCAGUGCAGUCACCAAUUGUUAAUUUCAUGUACACCUACGGUAACCAAAGUUCCAUGUAAGGCGCACACUGGAGCUCACCAUCCAACUCAAGCUGCUCAUGUUCCCGAAUCAGCAUAUCACGAGCAACCGGCGUAUCAUACACCUCCACCGGUAUACACGCCACCCGUCUACAAACCACCUGUAUAUACACCACCGACCUACAGCCCUCCAGUCCACAAUCCACCAGUUCAUAGUCCACCAGUGCACCCUCCUCCCGCAGCUCAAUACCUUCCACAACCGAAGCCUCUGUACCACCACCACACGGUACAGCCACAACCGGAGCCAGUUCAUCAACCCCAAUACCACAAUCCAGGUCAGCACCCAUACUAUCAACAGCCGAAACCGACGCCGCACUUCCCAGCUCCCCCAGCCUACCAUCAGCCCUACCAACCAACAUACAAAUCUAUGGAACCUACGCCGUCUUUCGCGGCUCCCGUAAGUGAAGACAACCUAGAGCCUUCCCAUCAUCCGGUGAUCUCGGCGUUUCCUACACCAACAACCACCACCACUACCACUCAGCAUACUCCCAUCGAACCGAUCGAUCGGGACCAGAAGCUCCAGGAAGCCGAAAACAACUCUGACGGUCCAGCGAAUACUGAUGAGGAGGUCAAAGUCCAAGCAGAAGCCCCUGCGGAAGAGUCCGUGGCCGGCAGCAGGGCAGCCGCCGAAACAACCACUAGCAGUCCGUUGACAACAACAACAACGACGACGUCAACAACUCCUUUACCAGUAUAG